ACGCAACGGUGCUUUUAAAGUUUUAAAGUGUGUACAGUGACCGACAUUGCUUCCUCUCUGCGUCUUCGUGUUUUCCUCCCCUACCCUCUCUUAGGGUUUGCUUCCCAAACCAAACCGCGCAAUCCCCUAAUUCUCUCAUACUUCGCCUCUGCAAAGAAGGAAUUAUAGUGCUGCCCGAUAAGGAGCAAUGUCUUCCUCUUAUCUUCCUGCCACUACUGAGUCAAUUGUUCUGGCAAAUGAGGCCGCAAGCCCAACUGAGGCCAUCUCCAUUCUUUAUCGGGUACUUGAUGAUCCUUCUUCUUCACCAGAUGCUCUGCGUAUGAAAGAGCAAGCAAUCACACUCCUCACUAAGCAUCUCACGGAAGAGAAUAGAGGAGAGGAUCUGCGCAGCCUUCUCACUCAGUUGAGGCCAUUCUUCUCCUUGAUACCCAAGGCAAAAACUGCAAAGAUUGUUAGGGGAAUUAUUGACUCGGUUGCUAAAAUACCUGGGACGUCUGAUCUUCAAAUUGCACUCUGUAAAGAAAUGGUGCAAUGGACUCGUGCUGAAAAGCGUACCUUUCUGAGACAACGUGUUGAGGCAAGACUUGCAGCACUUCUGAUGGAAAAUAAGGAGUAUUCUGAAGCUUUGACUCUUCUCUCUGGCUUGGUCAAAGAGGUUAGGAGAUUAGAUGACAAACUUCUUCUAGUUGACAUAGACUUGCUGGAGAGCAAGCUGCAUUUCUCCUUAAGAAACCUUCCUAAGGCAAAAGCUGCUCUCACGGCUGCAAGAACAGCUGCAAAUGCUAUUUAUGUGCCUCCAGCUCAACAAGGGGCCAUAGAUCUGCAGAGUGGAAUACUUCAUGCUGAGGAGAAGGAUUAUAAAACUGCUUAUAGCUACUUCUUUGAAGCUUUUGAAUCAUUCAAUGCUCUUGAUGACCCCAAGGCUGUAUUUAGCCUGAAAUAUAUGUUGUUGUGUAAGAUCAUGGUGAAUCAAGCUGAUGAUGUGGGAGGAAUUAUUUCCUCUAAAGCAGGACUGCAAUAUCUUGGGCCUGACUUGGAUGCAAUGAAAGCUGUUGCUGAUGCACACUCUAAGCGGUCCCUUAGGUUGUUUGAAAUUGCUCUUCGGGACUACAAGGCACAGUUGGAGGAAGACCCAAUUGUCCACAGGCACCUUUCAUCCUUGUACGAUACCUUACUGGAGCAGAAUCUUUGCAGAUUGAUUGAGCCUUUCUCAAGGGUUGAGAUUGCACAUAUUGCUGAACUUAUUGAACUUCCCGUUGAUCAUGUGGAGCGAAAGUUGUCUCAGAUGAUUUUGGACAAGAAGUUUGCUGGAACAUUGGAUCAAGGUGCUGGGUGCCUUGUCAUAUUUGACGAUCCCAAGACUGAUGCUAUAUACCCUGCAACUCUAGAGACCAUUUCCAAUAUUGGAAAAGUUGUCGACAGUCUCUAUGUUAGGUCUGCCAAGAUAAUGGCAUGAGCUCUCUGGUUAUUUUACUCUCCUGUCACAUUCUGUUGCAGUUUUCUUCUUAUUAGUGGUGACUAACUUAUCACUUGUUUCGUUUUCUUUUGCUAUUAAACUCAAUUGUGGGAGACCCCUCCCGGUGGCUUCGAACGUUUAAAGGGCUUUGGUGGUCAUUGCCACUUGCCUAACCUUUUUUAUCAUAAAAAUACGUGUGUGCUGCUUUCUGGGA